AUGGAUCUUGGGAACCUCACUAUGGUAUCUGAGUUUGUCUUCUUGGGUCUCUCACAAAUUUGGGAGUUGCAGAGUUUCCUAUUCCUGGUGAUCCUGUUUGUCUACACCACUACCAUACUAGGCAACAUCCUCAUCAUGGUCACAGUGACCUUUGAUUCCCGGCUUCACUCUCCUAUGUUUAUCCUACUUCGAAACCUGGCCUUCCUGGACCUGAGUACUUCCUCAGUUACUGUCCCUAAGUUGUUGGUUGACUUCCUCUCAGAGACCAAGACCAUUUCAUACAAUGGCUGCAUGGCCCAGAUCUUCUUCUUCCACUGCAUUGGAGGGGCUAACCUGUUUUUCCUCUCAGUGAUGGCAUAUGACCGCUAUGUUGCUAUCUCCCGCCCCCUCCAUUAUGUCUCUAUAAUGAAUACACAAUUAUGUGUGGGACUGAUGGUAGCUGCUUGGGUAGCAGGCUUUUUACAUUCAUCUGUUCAGUUGAUUCUUCUGCUCCCACUGCCAUUCUGUGGCCCCAACAUCAUAGAUCACUUCUAUUGUGACAUCCCCCAGGUUCUAAGACUGGCCUGUACCGAUACCUCCCUUCUGGAGCUCCUAAUUAUCACCAACAGUGGGUUGCUGGUCAUCAUCUGGUUCAUCAUCUUGAUGGUCUCCUAUGCAGUCAUCCUAGCGAUGCUGAGAUCCCACUCAGGGGAGGGGAGGAGAAAGGCUGCCUCCACUUGUACCACCCACAUCAUUGUGGUGGCACUGCAUUUUGUGCCUUGUAUCUACACAUAUGCCCGGCCCUUCACCACCUUCCCCACAGACAAAGUCAUUUCCAUCAGCUACACAGUCAUGCCCCACAUGUUGAACCCCAUGAUUUAUACCCUACGGAACCAAGAGAUGAAGUCAGCUGUGAGACGGUUGUGGACACGACACUCAUUGCCUGGAAGAGAUUGA